AUGACUAUGUCCACGACAGCUACAAUGAGCGCUCGUGUUCAUCGGAAAGUAAUGCGAGCGCCGCAUAAACGCGCUCACCCGGGUAAAGCGCAGCACCCUGGCAAAAUGGUACACCACCCCGGCAAAUUGACCCACUUAGGCAAAUUAGGAAAACUAACUCACUACGCCCACAGUCACUCUUUGAGGCCGCCGGAACCUUGUGAGAAUAGUAACGACAGUGGCCUAGGGCCUGAUGCAGUAAACAGAUUGUCGGACACUUUGGAGGAGUGGGAACACCAAGACUCGAAACGGCGACGCGGAGAUACCGAGGCUGCGGUUAAGGUUGAAUGCGACGACGCCAACGAUGCGUACGCGUUCCCCACAGGCGCAGCGGGCACGGCUGAGACCGCGUGCGCCCCCGCGCCCACUCCGCCCGACUCUACGGCAUCAUCCAUUCCCGUUUCCGUAAUGAGAGCUGGUUGCAGUAUAUCUAGUCCAAACAUAGUAGAAACGCCUGGAAGAAGGUUCCAAGACCCCUACAGAUCGUGUGGAAAAUUAGGGAACGGAGGGAAAGUUGCUAACAAAUACCCCGGAGGAAAACUCGUUGGUUCUGGAGGGAAAAUAGGUGGCAAAUUAAGCGGCAAAUACGGAGGAAAGCUGGCACAAACAAUGGCAAGGCGAAGGGCUUUAGCAGCAAUGGCGCAAGGUGGAAGGCCAGGUUUAGCGGCACCCUUGUCAUGCAGAUCGAGGGAUGGUACAAUGGAGCUACAGAUACUGUGCCAGCCCGAGACACAACAUAGAGCGAGAUAUCAGACUGAAGGCAGCCGAGGUGCUGUGAAAGACAACUCCGGGAAUGGAUUCCCAAUAGUCAAAUUAAUUGGUUACGAUAAACCAGCGCUCCUCCAGGUAUAUAUAGGUACCGAUACAGGGCGGGUGGCACCUCAUAUGUUUUAUCAAGCUUGCCGUGUCUCUGGCAAGAACUCCACGCCCUGCAAGGAGCGUAAGGAGGACGGAACCGUCAUUAUAGAGAUAGACCUCGAGCCUGCCAAGAACUGGCAGGUGACCUGCGAUUGCGUUGGCAUCCUUAAGGAACGGAAUGUGGACGUGGAACACAGAUUUGGCGAAACCCUAGGAGGUGCGACGGCAAGUUCGACAGGAGCUCACAUAUCUCGAGGCAAGAAGAAGUCGACUAGGUGCCGCAUGGUUUUCCGCACCGACAUCAUCAAUGCAGCAGGCCAUCCGGAAACGCUUCAAGUGUGCUCUACGCAAAUUAUUUGCACUCAACCGCCUGGCGUACCAGAAGUAUGCCGGAAGUCUUUGGUGUCCUGCCCAGCGACUGGAGGCCUAGAAUUGUACUUGCUGGGCAAGAACUUCCUCAAGGAAACCAGGGUUGUCUUCUGCCAGCGGCAGGACAGCAGAACACAUUGGGAGGAAGAAGUUACGCCUGAUAAAGAGUUUUUACAACAGACGCACCUGGUGUGCUGCGUGCCCCCGUACGCGCGCACGGACAUAACGGAGACAGUGACGGUGCAACUGUUCGUCCGCUCGGGGGGCAAGACCUCAGAGCCCCACUGCUUCUACUACACCCCUCCCUCCCUCGACACUGGGCCGCUGCACUCCACCAAGCACCACACUCAGGGAGGCGAGGAAGCGCGGCCCGUGCUGCUGUGGGGCGGCCACAUGAUGCCUCCCCCCGCGCUGCCCGUGCGCCGCCCCUCCAUCAUCGUACCCGACCCGCACUCGCCCGUCGGACUCAAGAGCGAGGUGGCCGAUGAAUCCAGCCAACACUCUCUCGUUGACGGUAGUGACUCUUGCGGCGCAGAGGAUCCUGACAAACCCCUGAUUUCGGUGUCAGAUGAGCUGAAUGUGGUCGACCUUAGGCUCAAGUCCGAGAUGUCCAGAGACUCUCAGUCACAGGUUGGAUUCGGUUAUGACAAUAUGAAGUUAUCCCCGCCCACACCUGCACAGAGCGAACCACCUUCGCCUCUGGCGUCAUUCACGCAGCAACUUCAGGCCAUACAGAACCAGGUCCAAACGGACAAGAUGGUGGAAACCGUGACAGCCGCCAUUUUCAACACUGACGAUAAUAACCCACAGAUAUACCCUUCAAUGAUGCCCAUGCAGCAGUUAGACUCCAUGAGACUUAUUUCCUCAAAGUCAGUAGACCCGUUAGAACCUGACAUGAAGGUCCUGAACCCUGAACUGAUGAUUACUGAUACCACAAUGCAGUCAUCUGUCAUGACCAGCAACGAACAAAGACUGAUGGCUUACAAUCAAAUGCAAGCCAAUAGAGAAGAUACCUUCAAUCCGUUUGGAGCUAUCACCAAAUUAGAAAUGGGCACCACUCAGAUUGAGCAACGCUUGGCCCAACAAAGCGCUCACCUCAAUACCUUAGUCGAAGACGCUAUGAAGGCGACGGCUGCCAUCUUGCCGGAUUCUACCAAGCUUGAUGAACUUGUCAAUUCAAGAGUGGAUGAUCAUCUAUCAGGCACCUCCUCAUCAUCUUCCGCAGCAUCCCAUGCGUCCGACGUCAUACUGAGUCCAAACGCAGCAGUCGUGAGCCGAAAUCAAGCAGCUGAACUUCUGCCCCCUAUGCCCACGUCAGCAAUCUCACCAGAUGUAAUUCUUAACCCUCAAGUCUCCCCGAGCAUGUUAUGCGAUAAUUCUCAAAGGAUAGUGAUGCCUCCUGGAUCCGCUCAGGACGAACUUAUGAUGAUUCAAGAUCAAGUUCAGCUUACAUCAGUAAAGACUCCUCCAGCCGCUGUCAAAUCUAUGAUUCUGAACGCUGCAGCCGAAAUUUUGACUUCGGAUACUACAAUGAACGCCUUGGUCACUUCGGCGAUUAAUACGGCAAAUAUUUUAACGACGGAAAGCAAUGGAGUCAUGCAAACAAUGCAGACGAACGAGUCCCAGCCCCCAGCGGAACCAGCUGCAGAGACUCCAUUAGUAGCCAUGUCUCAAGCUGUGUCCCAAGCCGUGACUCAAGCGGUAUCCCAAGCCGUGUCGCAGGCCGUGUCCCAGGCCGUGACGCAGGAGAUGACGGCUCCGGUACAGGGGCUGACUGACAUGUCAGAUCAGGAUCUGUUGUCGUACAUAAACCCUAGUACUUUUGAUCAAGAUUACGCGAAUAUAAUGCACAGUCAGAGUUGGAAAGCGCACUGCAGCUGUGUGACCUGUAUCUGUUGA